AUGCCGGAGCUUCCCGAAGUGGAGAGUGCACGCGUCCUAUGCGAGAAGCACAUCGUCGGCGCGACGAUCGUAAGCGUCGAGUUUAACGAAGACGGCACGUACGACGAGAAGAUCUUCAAAGAGAUCGACGAAUCACAGUUCACGUCGGCGCUCAAAGGAAGAACCGUCAAAGCGGCAAGGCGAUUGGGAAAGCAUCUGUGGUGGGAUCUCGGGACGCGAAGUACGCCUUUAUUUCAUUUCGGGAUGACCGGCGCGAUGACGAUCAAAGGCGGGGGAAGCAUUGUGAAGUACAAGGCGUUCGCUGUAGACACGGUGAACUGGCCACCGCGGUUCGCCAAGCUGGUAGUCACGUUCAGUAACGGCGUGACGCUCGCGUACACCGACCCGCGCCGAUUCGGCCGCGUGCGCCUCGUGGACGGCGUCGUCACGGAGUCCCCGCCGCUGUCCGACCUCGGCUUCGAUCCGUUGCUCGCGAUGCCGGACGAGAAGACGUUCGCGUCGCUCUUCGCGAAACGCGCGGCGCCGGUCAAGGCGGUGCUAUUGGAUCAAAAGGUCGCCGCUGGCGUCGGGAACUGGGUCGCGGACGAGGUGCUCUUCCACGCCAGGGUGCAUCCUGAACAGCCUGCGAAGUCGUUGACGCACGGCCAGCUGGCGAUGGUGCGCGACGCGAUGUCGAUGGUCGUGACCGUCGCGUGCGAGGCCGGAGCUAUAUCUGAGAAAUUUCCAGAGGACUGGCUGUUCCAUCACCGGUGGGGUAAAGUGACGGGGAACAAGGUUGGCGGACGCACGACCGCGUUCGUGCCCUCCGUGCAGAAGAAGACGAGCGUGAACGCCAAGGCGCCGCCGGUCGCGAAAGAGAAAAAGAUGAAACAAACGGCGAAGCGACCGGCGGCGGCGGCGGCGGCGGCGAAGACCGCCGCCGCGAAACCCGCGGCGAAGCGCCCGCGUCGGACGCGAACGGCGGCCAUCGUGAAACUAGCGUGCGUGUUCUGA